ACCAAGGAAGCUCCUUGUACAGACUGAGAGAGAGAGUGAAUUCACGAUGGAGAUGCUGGUCCACCAUUUCCGGGUGAUAUAUUUACUGAUUUUGAGCAUUAUCAUAUUCUUUAUACCAGGUGAAAGCGUAUCUUUUAUUGGCGUUACUUCCACACCGUAUGGAGCUGGUCAGGUAGCAAGGUUUGCCUUCCUUGUAAGAUCAGGCUCUUCCACAGCCUUACGAGCUGUCAAACUCGGUGUUAAUCCACCAUUGGAGACUGUAUCGACAUUGGACUAUAUAUAUGAUCAAUCAACAUCCAACUUUGUAAGCACAAGUAGUAAUGCAGUCGGAGCCUUUCUUGGAAAGGCAACAGCUGGUGAUAGAGAAGAGACAACGAUUAUCAUUCAUGCUUCAAAUAGAGCCUUUGAGCCAUCUGGUGGAAAGGUAACAGUGAUGGCCAACAUAGGAGAUAACAUCACACUUUCAGUAGUGAAUCUUGAAGGUGUUAAUGAGAGUACUGUAGAGUGGCAACGCUUUUCGGACUUCUCGACUGUCCAGAUGGGCGGUGUUGAUUAUACCAUUGUAGAUGUUAGACCGGAGGAUGCUGAUUAUUAUGGGACGUUUCAGACAGGCCAGAGAGCAUUACUCAGAUAUAGUCUCAUCAAGCUUAUUGUCAGAGCCUGUCCAGCUGGUUUAUACAGCGCACCAUUGUGUAAUUUGGUGUGUCCAAACUGCUACAAUGGAGGUGUAUGCAGUGAUGUCACAGGAGAAUGCAUAUGUGCUCCGGGAUUCGAUGGACCAAACUGUCGUACAGAAUGUGGCGAGUCUCAGUUUGGUUGGGACUGUAGUCAGUCAUGUGGAGUAGGGAAUACAUUAUCCUUGUGUUCAGGGAGUCAUGUAUGUCUCCCUGAUCCGUACGGGUGCAACUGCCUCGCGGGAUUCACCGGAAACCAGUGUGACCAACCUUGUCCUGCUGAUACGUAUGGAGCUGGUUGUAGUGAGACCUGUCACUGUAUAUCAUCAUGUGACAGGUUUACUGGUCAGUGUUCGGACGGUCAGUGUCAAGAAGGAUGGUCAGGAUCAAAUUGUCAAGUUCCUCCAACAUGUCCCGAUGGUUACUACGGCGUGAACUGCACAGACCUGUGCCAUUGUUUGGAUAAUGGUCCGUGUGAUAGAGUCACUGCUAUCUGCUAUAGUACAGGUGGUCUCUGUAUGCCUGGGUAUGCAUCCAAUCAAGUUCAACUAGCCGACUGUCUGUCAUACGAAGGAUGUUUUGAUGAUUGUAGUAAGACCUGCCAUUGUCAAGGUGGUGCCCAGUCAUGUGACAAUAUGACAGGAGUAUGUGCGGGAAGAUGUCAGUCUGAAUGGAUAGGACCUUCAUGCCAAACAGGUGUUGUGCACUCGUCAUAUAAGAAGGUAAACCGAGGCCAGCCUCUCGAUGUGAUGUGUGUGUUCCAUUCCCCAAAGAAUAUAUCAUCCUUGACUAUGUCUGCCAGGCUUGGUACAGCCAUUGGCCCUGUGGUAGACUCCGCUGACAUCGAGACUGAUGGACAGUUCUACAAUGUGACGUUCACGAUUACUAAUGGAGAAACUCUGGUCUACUGUGAGGUGUCCGCUGAUGAGGAAUUCGCCUCCUCCGGAGUUAAUCUUGAUUAUUUUGUUCUUCCGACAUUGAUGAUGGCGCCCUCUGUUGUAAGCUAUACCACUGAGAAUGCUACCAUUGACUGGCUUGGCUGGAGAGCAGAGAAUGAUUCUCUUGAUGGGGGAGAUGGCCCUAUCAUCGGAUACAAUAUAUAUUACGAUGUCGGUAGCACCAUGAACAUGGCUGGGUUUGUAACAUCUGAUGAAGGCAACAUGAUGGGAAGCUACGUAUACACCGUAAUGGGACUAUCUCCAGGGAACACGUAUACAUUCUCUGUAGCAGCGGUGAGAGAAGGCGAAGGAGGAGAGGGACCCAGAGGACCGGAGUCACAGCCAGUUACCUUACCAUUACCAGCUCCAACGACAUCUAUGCCAACAACAGAAGAAAGCAAAACAACCACAGAAAAGGUGACGCUGGCUUCUCCUGCCAAUGAUCAGCUACUCUUGUACAUCAUUGUACCGGUUGUCAUCGUCGUAUGCAUCAUCAUCAUUGUUCUUGUCAUGGUAGUCGUUGGAAUUCAGAGAAGGAAAAGGAGAAAGAUGUUUCAUGAUAGAAGGGAACGCAUCGUUUUAGAAACUCAAGCUAUGAAUGAAUAUGACGAUGAACGCCAAGCUGAGAACCAUAAUGAAGCCUACGAAGAAAAGACAUAUUUGACCGCUAAUCAUGACAAGGACAAAGAGAAGCUCCAAGGGAAAUCCCCUCAACGUCCGGUCUCCCCGCCCCCUGAUGCUCCUGACGGUGGACCCACAGAGGGACCCCCUACUGCCCAUCGACCACCUUCGCAUAAACCUAAGCCCAUUGUCGUAGCGGACUUUGCAAACUACGUUCAAAGGAAUCGCAGAUCUAGGGCAUUUGAAGAGGAGUGGUCGUUACUGCCUCCUGAUAUCAGUCAACCAUGUAAGAUUGCCAGCUUACCAGCAAACAAAGUCAAGAAUCGAUAUCGAAACAUCCUGGCUUAUGACCACUCGCGGGUGGUGCUUGAGGAAGUAGAAGGGUAUCCAAACUCGGAUUACAUCAAUGCAUGCUAUAUCAAUAGUUUUGAUAAGGAAAACAUGUACAUUGCAACCCAAGGACCAAACAAAGCAUCUUUGUCCGAUUUUUGGAGGAUGGUAUGGAUGGAGAAUGUUCACAAUAUCGUCAUGGUAACCAACUUGUUUGAAGAGGGAAAGGCUAAAUGCUUACAGUAUUGGCCCAGUGAAGGAGAAACUGCAACAUAUGGUAACAUCCAAGUUACAUGUCACCAUGUUGAUCUGUGCCAUCGAUAUGUCAUCAGGAUUCUAGCAGCUACAAAUGGCUCAGAAUCAAGGACGUUAAAGCAAUACCACUACCAGGGCUGGCCCGACAAAGGUGUACCAAAGUUUGCUGGUCCUGUCCUUAAGAUGAUUAAGGAUGUCAAUGAAAGCCAGGUAGAAGCAGGAGAUGUACCAUUGCUUGUACAUUGCAGCGCUGGUGCUGGGAGAACGGGUGUCAUCAUCGCUGUAGAUAGUAUCUUACAGGAAGUUCAGAAGCGUGAUCAAAUUGAUAUCUUUAGUUUCAUCAACUCAAUGAGGAACAACAGACCGCAAAUGGUUCAAACUCCGGAGCAAUAUGCUUUUGUACACGAGGCUGUGUUAGAGGGACUCCUGUGCGGGGAUACCUUGAUGCUUGAGGAAGAUAUCACUGAGCAGGUAGAGCAAAUACAGUGGCCCAACCCACACACAGACAAGUCACCAUUACAACAAGAAUAUGAGAUAUUAGACAUAGUAUCAUCCAAUGUGAAUCCCAGCUCAUUUGGUAGCAGCCCUGAGAAUGUGGCUAAAAACAGAUACCCACAUAUACUACCUGAGGACAGAUGUAGACCAUAUUUGAUGACCCCUGUAGACCAGGCUGAUUCUAAUAACUACAUCAAUGCCAGCUUUAUGUCUGGUUACUCCAAGAAGAAUGGAUUCAUUACAACUCAGAUGCCUCUUAAUAAUACUGUGGUAGACUUUUGGAGAUUAGUCCAUGACUACCGUAUAUCAACCAUUGUUAUGCUCAAUCAACUCACUGACAAGUCAUGCAGUAUAUACUGGCCUGUCAACACUAGAAGCGUGACCUUUGGCCCCUUUACAGUGGGUCACAAGGGGUCAGAGAAUAUGAACAGGGUCAAAGUUCGGACGUUAGAACUCCAGUUCAAAGAGGAAGUUCAUGAGAUCCGUCAGUUUGAGGUCCAGACGUGGCCUAGUUGGGUCAAGUCCGACGGUAGCCAGGUCGAGGUUGAUCAGUGUAUGGAUUCAGUCCUUCAACUCAUGGAAUACUUGCAUAGAUGUGAGAGCCAGAGGAAGGGAGAUGGGCCACCUAUCCUAGUCCAUUGCAUGAGUGGAACAGAGGAGACAGGUGUAUUUUGUACUGUCAUGAACUGCUUAGAACAACUCACCAAUGAGGGCGCUGUUGAUGUCUUCCAAAAUCUCAGGCUUCUACGACUUUCCAGGCCUAAUUUUGUCCCCGACAUGGAUCACUAUCUUCUUUGUUAUCGGCUGCUUGCUCGUCAUCAGACGUUGUAUGGUUCAGCGGAGGAGAAGGACUAUGAUAAUCGCAUCCCUUCAGAGGGUUUGUAUGAGAAUGUUGAUCAUGGUAUACAAUCUUUAGCUUCAGAAUGCUAGUCUCUGGACAAUGAAGAGCUCAUCCCAUUUUCAUCAUUAUGUUAUUUUGUUUAGUUUUAGACAUUUAUAUUGUAUGAUUGCACAGAAGAAAUAUAUUUAUUGUACAGGCUUAUUUUCUUUUAUAAGUUCAAAAUCCAAAGUAAUUUUUUACACAUACUUAUAUUCUCCAAAAUGUUCUGACAUUUCAAUGUUUUAUUUUUUCAAUGCUAUCAAAUGGCUUGAUAUGCUCAUGACCAUUAGUUUGUAAUUGUCUGAUCAGGAGCUAGGGGGGCCACUUCCAAGAAACACAUAUUUUUUAUGUACGUAAUGCAAUAAGGGUGUCAAAACACUCUAAAAUACUGAAAAGGGGUAUAUAUUUUGCGAUGAAAGCUUGAUGUUUGCGGUUGAAUUUGUGAGGGCAUAAAAAAGACUAAAAUGCUUUAUAAAGGAUGUACUUUUUGCCCCCACACUACGUGUUUGGAGUUUGACUUGAGCGAGUUGUGGGAGGUGGGCCAGUACAAAACCCAAUGUUAGUGAAGGUAAAGCCGACAGACAUCCU